AGUACAAACGUCGACGCAGUGGGCAACACAUUAUCAUUUUUAUACAUUUAAAAAAAAUUUUUUGUUAACCACGUGAUUCAGUCAAACAAUAACAUUCACUAUCAAAAUAAAAUCAUUAUUAUUUUUUUGUCAAAUAAACAAUUAUUAAAAGUAAAAAAAUUUUGAAAUAAAAAAAUAAUAGUUUAUUAAUGUAAAUAAUUUAUAUUUUAUAUUAUUUUUAAUUAAUUUAAAAUGAAAAAAAGUUGAUAAAUUUAAUUACUGUUAAUUCAUAGAAUUUAUUUAUUUUUUUUUUUUUAAAAAAAGUUUAUCAAAUGUGAUUGUGUUGUGAUGAAAAAAUUAAUAUCCAAAUUUGGAUUAAUAAGAAUGUGACAAUGUGGUGGUGUAGUUUUAUUAAAAUUAUAUAUUUACGGAUUUUAUUAUUGCUUGUUUUAAUCGGUUGCAGUGAUGGUUAUUUAAAUAUUUUUAUAAGUCCAUCUCAAGUAAUGAAACUAAUGGGCUUGGAGGCUGAAUUAUACUAUGUCAGAGAAGGAAUUGUUAAUGCAUAUGCUAUGGGUUUUGUUGUACCAGUACCAGCAAAUAUUGCUGAUCUUGAAUUUACAUGGCAGAGUCUUGCUGGUUAUCCGUUAUCAUAUUCGAUGGAUUUGGACUACGACGUUGUGGGUUUACAAGGAGGUAACGCAGAAGCUGUUGCAUUAUUACGACCACGAGUAAAUGUUUCAGCAAAGGGUGAAGUACCAACAACACUUGAGGUAUUCAGAAUUAGAAUACCAUGUUCGGGUCUUAUUUCUGCUGAAAUACCAAUUACUUUGAGGAUUAAUGUAACAGCACCACUUGGCACCAGAAAUAAUGACACAACAUUGAUAUUAAAAAGAAAUAAAAUAUGUCUCAAAGGUGUCGUUGCACCACCCAGCAAUGAUUCAGUACGACUCAAGGCUGGACCUUUUGUAACUGGAACUGGAGCAAUUUACGUUGCAGCAACAUGUGCAUUUGCAUUGAUUCUUGUAAUCUGCAGUGUUAUUAGCGCUUUAUACAUACGAAACAGUAAAAUACGAGUUCAAGAAUCACAAAAAACAUUACCAUAUUGUAGUUAUUCAGCAGCUGGUACUGGUGGUCUUACAGGAAGUUCAGUACUCGUGAGGGUUGACCAGAGACCAGGAAGUGCUAACUCUGGUAGUUAUGCAACAAUUGCUGAUCUUGAACCGCUAUAUGCUAGACCAUGUGGCUCCAGAGCAAGCUAUUACGCUGCAAGUCAUAUCACACAUGUUAGUCAAAGUACUGAUCCAUGUGAUAAAGCGAGGGCUUUAGCAAUACCAAAGUCUGCAAUUUGUUGUCGCAGUCUUAUACAAGAGGGAACAUUUGGUAGAGUUUACAAGGGACUACUUAAUGUUGCAGGACGUGAACAAGAAGUCAUUAUCAAAACUGUCACAGAAGUUGCAUCGUCUUAUCAGGCAUCACUUCUUGUAGUAGAAGGUUCACAACUUGCUGGUUUAAUACAUGGAAAUAUUGCUGCCCUGGUGGCAGCAUGUCUUGAUACACCAUGUCCAUUACUUGUAUAUGCAAGUACAUCAAAUGAGCUGAAUUUAAAAACCUAUCUUACCGAUGGUCUUCAUCAUCCAGUUACUCGUGAUCUAGUUAAUGUUAGUGUUCAAGUUUCUCGUGCUGGUGCAUUUCUUCAUGGACGUGGUCUAUUACACAGGGAUAUUGCUACGAGAAAUUGUCUAAUUGAACCAGCAAAUUUUCGAGUACGUCUUGCAGAUGCAGCAUUAGCGAGGGAUUUAUUCCCUCAAGAUUAUCAUUGUCUUGGGGAUAAUGAAAAUCGACCAAUUCGAUGGAUGGCUCUAGAGAGUCUUGAGCAUAAUCAGUACAGUACAGCAACUGACGUUUGGUCAUUUGGUGUAUUUCUCUGGGAAUUGGCGACAAUGGGCCAACAGCCUUACGUUGAAGUAGAUCCAUUUGAAAUGACAAUUUGUCUACGUGAUGGAUAUCGACUUGUUCAACCACGUCCUUGUCCUGACGAACUUUUUGCUGUGAUGGCUGUUUGUUGGCUUGGUAUUGCACGUGACAGACCAACAAUGCCACAACUUCUUGCUUAUUUACAAGAAUUUUAUGAUGCCCUUGGUGGUUUUAUCUGAAAACAAAAAAAAAUUAAAUCAAAAAAA